CGGCGAAUAACACUUCCCGGCACGGUUUGUGGCUCUCAUAUCCAUCUCUCAUUCCCCUACCUCCAUAAUAACUAACAUUCUCCUACAAGCCAUACAGCGUAUAUCCCUUACAAUGCCACCCAGAAAGAAAUUGCGGCUCUCCUCACAGGGAGAUUCGACUCCACAAUCGGAGGUUCUCCAGCAUGCAUCUAGCACUCCCACGCAACCAGACGCUGCGUCGAAGCUUGAAACCGAAAGCGAUUCUAUAGUUACAGACCCAUGGACUGAGGAGCAAGAAACAUCCUUGCUUAAAGGUAUCAUACGAUGGAAACCUGUCGGGAUGCACAAACACUUUCGCAUGCUGGCUAUCUCGGAACAUUUGAUAAGCCAGGGCUACAUAACACCAAACGAUCAACAUACUCGAAUACCUGGGAUUUGGAAAAAGCUAGGAACUCUAUACAAUCUCGCGGGGCUCGAUGAGCGAGAAGCCUCGUUUGCUACAGAUGGAUCCGGCGAUUCAGAACCAGCACAGGAGACUUACUGUCCAUUCCAGCUACCGUUCGAUGAAUACGGUGGAAUGAUGUUUCAAAGGAGGCUUGCUCCAGGAGGGUCAUCGUCUCCCCCUAUGAGCCUUGCUGGAGGGUCAGUAAGGGCUAGUACAAUUGCAGACACAGAUGAGCCCAGCUCUUCGCCCGCACCUUCCCGUGGCCGGCGGGCUAACCGUAGCACACGUGCGAACACUCGAGGCACACGAUCGUCACGGCUACAUGCUGAAACUGAGAAUGGAAAAGGGCGACACCAUAGCAAGGCCAGUCCCGCCAAAGAAGAAGACACAGCAGAAGAUGGCGAAGGAGAGGAAGGAGAUGAAGAGGGGACGGAGACAGGUGAAGGGGAAGACACCGACACUCAAGCCACGGAUUCAGCUCGGGCGAGGCCAACUCGGACUCAAGCGACGCGCGGAAAGACGAAAAAGCCGGCCAGAGGUGCGCCUAAACGCGGCAGGCGACGGUAGUAAGAUUUUUUUUUUUUUUUCUUCUCUUGUUGUCCCUUCUUCACUUUUUCGAUCCUUAAUGGGGGUUAACUCGAGUCGGGCGUUUUUAAAUUAUGGGACGUGAUGUAUCUUCGCAUCUCUUUCAAUGACUGGUUAGCGAAAACCCGGACACGGGGGCUAGUUUUGUUUUUUGGAAGUUUGCACGGUUAUCACCAACAGGUGAACAUUAUACGAGUUUGUAUGUAAGUAUACCACAGCUAGAGUCCAAUAUCUUCCACAUUUAAGUUUAUAUAUCCAAAUGCAAAAGGAAGAUCAACCUCAACAGGGAACCGCCGGAAGCCA